AUGGCAGCGUUCUCUAAACAAAAGAGUGGAGAGGAAGAGGGCCUGCUUGGAGAGAGGCAAUAUCAAGGCCGGAAGCAGCAAUGCCAGCAAUCCUCCCGAAAAUGGACUGCAUUGACCAUCAUGUCCCUGCUGGGCACUUUCGCCCUGGUUGUGUACUUCGUGAAGGGAACCCGGUGCAACCCUCCCUCGCAUGCCACAACCCAGCCUGACCUACCUGUGGUUUCCCCGCUUGACAAGAAGAGAUCAUCGCAUCACGGACAUGCCUGCGAUACCGUCGACGGCGGUUAUCAAUGCAACUCCGAGCUCUCGCACAAGUGGGGCCAGUAUUCGCCCUAUUUCUCUCUUUCGGACGAAUCGCCCAUCUCAGAUGAGGUACCUCAUGAUUGUCAGAUCACCUUUGCUCAAGUGAUCUCCCGUCAUGGUGCUCGAUUCCCGUCGGCGAAGAAGAGCAAGGCGUAUGCCAAGCUCGUUGAAAGCAUCCAAGCGAACGCGACUUCAUACAAGGGCAACACAAAAUUCAUCCGCUCAUAUAAAUACGUCAUGGGUGGUGAUGACUUGGUACCAUUUGGAGUGAACCAGAUGGUGAACUCAGGAACCAAGUUCUACAAGCGCUACGCGACGUUGGCUAAGAAAGCCGUGCCCUUCGUUCGCAUAUCUGACUCAGAGCGGGUUGUGGCUUCAGGAGUGAACUUCAUCAAGGGCUUCCAGAAGGCGAAGUCGCAUGACAAAAAAGCCAAUCACCGCCAACCAAGCCCCAAGGUCGAUGUCCUCAUCUCAGAAGAGUCUGGCACCAACAACACUUUGAACCACAGCGAGAUCUGUCCCAAGUUCGAAGACAGUAAACUGGGCGACGAGGUCGAAGAGAAAUACAUGGCAAUCUUUGUGCCACCCAUCCGAGCCCGCCUCGAGGCGAAUCUCCCUGGUGUCAAACUCGAAGACAUCGAUGUGGUCAGUCUGAUGGAUAUUUGUCCUUUCGAGACAGUGUCCCUGAGCGACGAUGGACACAAGCUAUCGCCAUUCUGUGAUCUCUUCACCCAAGCCGAAUGGAGCCAAUAUGACUACCUCCAGUCACUGAGCAAGUACUACGGUUACGGCGCAGGCAAUCCGCUCGGCCCAACCCAGGGUGUCGGUUAUGUGAACGAACUGAUCGCUCGUCUCACUCACUCCCCAGUGGUGGACAACACAAGCACAAACCGUACGCUCGAUGCCCCCGGCGCUGCGACAUUCCCCCUCAACUACACCAUGUACGCAGACUUCACGCACGACAAUGGAAUGAUUCCGUUCUUCUUUGCUUUGGGGCUGUACAACGGCACCGCUCCGCUCUCGGUCACCCAGGUCCAGACUCCUAGCCAGACGGACGGAUUUUCAUCCGCCUGGACGGUGCCUUUUGGUGCUCGUGCUUAUAUCGAGAUGAUGCAGUGUCGCCGCGACCCGGAGCCGCUCGUGCGAGUCCUCGUUAAUGACCGUGUUGUUCCGCUGCACGGUUGCCCGGUGGAUAAGCUUGGCCGUUGUCGCCGCCGUGAUUUCGUGAAGGGGCUCACAUUUGCACGCUCCGGUGGUUACUGGCCUCAGUGCUAUGAAUAG